AUGCAGCUCCCAAUGACGACACUCAUCGCUCUCCUCCCCUUCUUCCUCCAAGCCAACGCUCAAGCCUCCGGCUCCGGCACCACAACCCGUUACUGGGAUUGCUGUAAACCAUCCUGUUCAUGGUCCGACAAAGCCGUUUUGGCAUCUGGAUCCGGCCCCGUAGGAACCUGCGAUAUCAAUGAUUCUCCUCUCUCCGAUCCUACCGCCAUGGCUGUCUCCGGAUGCAACGGAGGAACUUCCUACAUGUGUUCUGAUCAAUCUCCUUGGGCUGUUACCGAUGAUUUGGCCUAUGGAUAUGCGGCGGUUAAUAUUGCCGGUGGAAGUGAAUCGUCUUGGUGUUGUGCUUGUUAUGAAUUAACUUUCACCAGCACUGCUCUUGCUGGCAAGAAGAUGAUUGUUCAAGCUACAAACACCGGAGGUGACCUCGGCUCCAACCAAUUCGAUCUCGCCAUGCCCGGAGGAGGCGUCGGAAUCUUCAACGGCUGCACGACCGAAUUCGGCGCACCAUCCUCAGGCUGGGGCUCCCAAUACGGCGGCGUCUCAUCCGCAACCGAUUGUUCCACAUUCCCCGCUGCUCUCCAAGCCGGAUGUAAUUUCCGCUUUGGCUGGUUCGAGGGAGCCGAUAACCCAACUGUUGAUUUUAAACAGGUUGAGUGUCCGGCUGCUUUGACUAAGAGUACAGGUUGUAAGAGAGCGGAUGAUUCAAGUAUGCCUGCUCCUGAUGUGGCGGGAAGUGCGUCUGCUUCGCCUAUUGCUAAGGUGGCUACUUCUUCUUCUUCUUCUUCUUCUGUGGCUCCUGUUGCUGCUACUCCUGCUAGCUCUUCUUCUUCUUCAAGUACACCAGCAGUUGUCAAACCCACUUCUGUUAAACCUUCUUCCUCUGUUGCUGCUGCACCAGCACCAGUUACUACACAUGUUUCUUCUUCUUCCUCUUCGAAGACUGUUGCUCCUCAGUCAACUGCCGCUUCUGCUCCUUACAGCGGAGAGGAUGAUGAUACUUGUGAUGCGGAGUAG